GAGGUACUAUUAGCUGCUAACACGAACGUCCGCGACUGCUGUGUGAUGAUCAUCACGGAAUCCUGGCUACACUCGCGGAUUCCGGAUGCAGCAGUGCAGCUCCCAGGCCGCUCUACCCACCGCUACGACAGGAACAGCGCUUCCGGUGGCAGCAUGUGGAGCCAGAGCAGAGGAAGCAGGAGGGCAGCAGACAAACAGACAGUAGAAGAAGAAGAAGAAGAAGAAUAACGGAAGUAAACAUGGCCCAGGAAAAGAGCAUGGCGGUCCCAGAGUUUCUCAGUAAAGCAGAGUUAAUAAAACAAGGAGCAGAAGCCAGAGUGUACCGGGCACAGUUUCUGGGAAAGCCGACUAUUGUGAAAGAAAGGUUCCGGAAACGUUAUAGACACCCAGUGCUGGACGAAAAGCUGACCCACCGCAGGACUGUGCAGGAGGUCCGCUCCAUACUGCGCUGCCGGAGAGCAGGCAUAUCUGUCCCUGUAGUCUAUUUUGUGGACUACACAUCCCACUGUAUUUUCUUGGAGGACGUCGUGGGUUCCUCGACUGUGCGUGACCACAUCGCAUCUACCCAGCAGUCUGAUUCCUGUAAGGAGCUGGUGCGACUGGCUCAGAGGGUGGGUCAGAUCCUGUCCAAAAUGCAUGACGAGGACGUCAUCCAUGGAGACCUGACCACCUCCAACAUGCUGCUGAGAUGCGGCCUGGAGGACGGGGAGUCCGAGCUGUUCCUCAUUGACUUCGGCCUGAGUUACAUCUCUGCUCUGCCGGAGGACAAGGGGGUGGACUUGUACGUGCUGGAGAAGGCAUUCCUCAGUACCCACCCCAACACAGAGGCGCUGUUUGAAAGGUUGCUGAAGAGCUAUGCAGCGUCAUCCAAGAAGUCGUCAGCAGUCCUUAAAAAGCUUGAUGAGGUUCGAUUGAGAGGGAGGAAGAGGUCCAUGGUGGGAUGAUGAUACAUGCUGUGUACAAGGUCAAGCCUCUGGAAAAAAAAAAAGUGUUCUAAUUACAAAACUGUUAUUGUACAAAAAAUAAUUUCCAUAAAAUAAAAAAAUGUGUGUAGUAAAUGUUUUUUCUUCAUAUGGAAGGCCAAUAUAAUGAAAAGAUGUAUUUUGACUGUUCAUGUGUUGACAUCUACAAAAAUGUUACAUACAAAGUCAGACUCAUUAGUACACAUCAGUUUCCUCACAUCCAUUAUUGCUGAUACUGGUAGCAUAGUAGCAUAGCAUUAGUCUUGACAUCAAUGUGGGGUUGCUAGGCAACCAGUGGAUAUACCAAUAAAUAGUCACACAUAACCUACAAAACCACAACCUGCUGUUUUUACAUUUUGUUUUUUGUACGGAUUAAAUAAACAGAUGUUAGCUUUAAA